CGAGCUAGUGUUCACAUCAAGUAGAAUCAGUUUCUUCAUACAAGGGUCGUGAACUGCAGCUUUUUUCUACCUGCAAUAUUUGGAGAUCUCUUAUAGAAAGAAAAAAUCAUUCUUACACACAUAGUAAAAUAAUUUAAUAUUACAAUAGUAAAAUAUAUCCAAGUUGCAGCAGUCUUCAAUUUAACCGACACUUUUACACCGAAAACGAGAUGCAAUCUAAAAUAUUAAGUGAAACAUGUCAAAUAGUAAUUCGAAAAUUCUUAGGACUUGUUUGUUUUUUAUUGCUUGCUCCGUUUCUUAUCACGAUUUUGAUGGUUUCAUAUAUUUACCGUUGUUGGGUGGAAACUGUGCUAAGAAUUCAACUUAAAGACAAAUUUGCCGGUAUGUUGGAAGGGUCGGAUGCUUUUUGGUCCGUCGAAGAUACAUCUUUAUCCGUGAUUACUNUCGUAUUAAUAAUGAAGAAAACCGCAGGAAGUACAAAUAUGACUUUCUUGAAGGAUAUGAGAAACUUAUUUAAUCACGUAUUUAAGACUGCCUCCAAGAGUAUCGAAAAACUGUUUUACUAUAGAUAUCAAAAGUUUGGUUACUUUUAUUGGGAGAAAUCAAAAUUUAAUCCAGAGACCGCAAUUAGAUGGUUGGAGUGUAAAAUCAGUAAUUGCGAUGGAUCUUGCGAGAAUGUUCACAGUACAACCUUUCAAGAAAAUCUAGGUUUUAUAUGCAACAGACCGUUGUAUGAUGAUCACAAACCGAUGUGGGAAAUGCUCAUUGGCAGACGUUGUCCAAACGUCAAAUCUUACAUUGAAGACGAUCCGAGCUUGUCUUCUCAAGACAGUUUUAAUACCAAUGUAGACGAAGUUCCUGUAGUAUUUCGUGUUCAUCAUUCUCUUGGUGAUGGUACAGCUUUAUUCAAGUUGCUUAAUGUGUUUGUCGACGAGAAUAUCACAAAUGAAGUGUCGACAAUAUUGGAAGAACCCAAGAACAGCGUUUUGACAGCUAAAGAAAACUAUUUUAAGGAGAAAGAAACUAUGCCAAAACGAAAAAUUAUUUUAAACUUGAAAGAAGUAUAUAACACAAUUAAAGAAAUCAUGAUAAAAGUAAUACUUAUAUUGUUUUCUCUAGAAAUCUUUGUCUCUCAAAUUGUUCGUAAUAAGGAUGACAAAAG